AUGUCACGGUUAGGGAACACAGAGGAAAACCUCAAACACUUUGUAAAGUUCAUCUAUCCACCAAUGAAGUUGAUCGGCGCCUGGCCAAAAUCCACCACCACUUCUACGUUUUCAAAGGCUAUAAAAUGGGGUUUAAUUGUCUCCGCUUACUUCCUACAACUGUUGGUCUUUGUACCAGGUGUACUGUAUCUAUUUCUGAAAGAGAAGAAUGGCAAAAGGCGGAUUCAUAUUAUGAUACCACACAUAAAUGGCUUUAGCCAACUGUGCAAGUAUACCAUCCUAUUGCGACGAACAAGCGAGUUUAGCAAAAUAUUGGAUCAAUUGAGCGACGAUUGGAUAGACGCCACAGAAGAUAAUCGUCAUAUUUUCCGUAUGAGAGCGAAUAUUGGACAUAGGAUGGUGUUGACAGUAGCAAUUACUAUGUACACCACAGGUCUCUUUUAUCGUAUAAUUCUACCACUCUCGAAGGGUAGAAUCGUCUUACCGAAUAACACGACUAUGAGGAUGCUACCGUGUCCGGUUUACUUCGUCUUCUUCAAUGAACAGUCUACUCCUUAUUACGAGAUAAUUUUUGUUCUGCAAAUUAUGGGUGGAUUUCUUAAUUAUACGAUUCUGUGUAGUACCAUGGGUGUGUGCUUGAUGCUCUGCUUGCACUUAAGCAGUUUGUUGAGGAUUCUGAUGAACAAAAUGAUCGAGCUUACGAGUCAGUUAGAUACAAGCGAGACAGCUGUGCAGGAGAAGAUAUCGGAUAUUGUUGCCUAUCAAACGAAAGUCAAAGGAUUUGCGAAUAGCGUGGAAGAGAUCACACCGUACCUUUACUUUUUCGAGAUAUUUAAUUACGCUAUAGAAGCGUGCAUAGUGGGAUACUGUAUUAUCGUGGAAUGGGAAGAAAGCAAUGCUGCCUCUAUAAUCGUGUACCUUAUGUUUCAAGGAAUUUGCAUAUUUUGCAACUACGCGAUGUGCUACAUUGGUCAACUUCUUAUCAACGAAAGCGAAAAUGUCAGGCUGAUGUCUAUUACGUUGAACUGGUAUCGAUUUCCUAUGAAGAAAGCACGCAGUUUGAUAUUAAUCAUUAUUAUGUCGAAUUAUCCAAUAAAACUCACAGCAGGAAAGAUUGUAGACAUAUCAUUAGCCACUUUCACUGAUAUCAUAAAGGCGUCGGUGGGAUACUUGAACGUGUUACGGAAAGUCACAUAAACUCUGAUAGUUUUUGGAAACUACAAUUGAAAUAGACAAUUUUGAAGUUACUACUUACUUUUGAAGUUAUUUACAAUCUUAGAUACUCGCAGUUAUGUGUACUAGUUGUACCUCUCACGUGCUGGACACUUUUGUAUUACAUUUCCCCAGCUACUACGAUAAUCAUUCCAUCCACUGUAGAUUUCCCAAUCAGUAAAAAGGUUCUAUAGACAAUUAUAAAAUAUCGUAACUAUAUUGACAUGAAAUUUCGUAACAUUUCAUUUGUCUAUAAAUAUUUUUCUUUUAAUAUCUUAGCAUAUUAUUCACAACAUUUAAUUAGAAUUUUCGGAAGUCAUUGUAGACAAAGAUUACUUCUCCAGCAACCGAAGCUCUAAUAAUAAAGCUUUUUGUCCAAUGAGGAAACCUAUACAAUGCAAGCAAAACUCAUAACUAAUAAUCCCGAGCAAUAUCUUAUGUUUUUGAGGCCACGGUUAAGUAUAAUGUAUGAUAAGUGAAUUUUAGAAAUGGUUGCAGACCCUUGAAAACUA